AUGGAAAACUUUUUAUUGACUUUUACACCUAUUUCAACAAUUACUGUUGCCACUGCUUUGUAUAAGCAUGCCGAUUCGGGUAGUUGGAGUGGAGAUCGUGAGCAAGAAGUACAAAGAUUCGUAGAAAUAUUAGAAAAUAUAAAAAAUAUGUUAAAGCGGAUCCCAAGAGAAGAAGGCCGUUUAAGAAAACUUCAAAGCUUUGGAACUGGUGAAAGUUUGAGACAACGAGUCUCGACCGCAAUUGACGAUAUGUAUUCUCUCGUGGAGUUGAAUGUUCUGGUAAUUUUUACGAAUAAUCUUAAUAUAGUUUAUGAGUCAACAUUAAUACAGUAUAUGCUUUUUUUUAAGCAAAUUGAUGCAAUAGGUUGGCGGGAGGAUGCAAAUGCAAAUAUUAAUUCGCUGAAACGUGAAGUUAUAAAGCGUACAAAAGAAACUUCGGGCUAUGAAAAGCAAAUGUGGGAGAGAGUUGAAACGGAAUUACAUGAUAUAAAAGUGGGAGAGCUAGGUUUUGACCAUCCAUUGUGUUCCGGCAUCCUUGAUAUCAGAUCAGAACCUUUUACAAAAAUGCCUACAUCACUUUGCAAUAUAUUCAAAGAACCGUUCCAAAAGUAUAAGUUAAAACAAAAUAAUACAAUUCUCAAUAUGUGCAAGGAAUUUGUUAAGGAUGAAGAGGGGAAAAUCGGCUCUAAAGGAUACGAUAUCGUGAGGAAUGUCGAGUUUGGAAAAUGGGUAGAUCAACCCGAAAAACUUGAACAAAUGACGAGAGAGAUACUGGAAGCGAUGGGUAGAAUUUGGAGAUCUCCGAAAUAUAAAUCAUUCACAAAAAACAAGAAACCACAGGUAAACGAGGGGUCUUAUGUAUGUGAAGUAAUUGCUCCGCUGAUAAAUAUUGUGAUGAAUGAUUUACCGGGGGAUCCGUCAGCACGGGGUAUAUGGGGUGAACAAGGAAGUUUAGCUAGUGCGACUAGGAAAGGUUCGCGAAAAAUUGCACGAAGACCAGACUAUAUGUUACUAACCCAUUUAGGAAAAAAGGCAGAACUUGAAAUAUUUUACUUAGAAACUGGUCGGCCAGAUUCAACUCUAAUUAAGCGGGCACAAGAUCAUAAAAAGUUGGCUCGAUUUUCUAAAGAUUCUGUUGAUACUACAAGGAAUGUUUCCACUCUUCAAAGAAUAUUCAACAAAUCAAUUACGAGACAACAACUGGCGAUCUUUACGGUUAAUGUUGCGGGAGACGUGCUGGAAAUCUACGCUAUGCGUAAGGAAACGGGUAUCUUCAAGUAUUGUAUACUAGAUCAAGCUCCGAUUCCUUUGCAUAUAGCAACUCCUAACGAUGUCUACAGACUUAUUCAUACACUGCUAACUUUAAGGACUGCAGUUGCGUGCACGUUAUAUAAGAUCCUUCAUAAGUCUGAAGAAGGAGAUAGCGAUUUUAGUGCUGAAGAAAGUCCAAUAACUGUAACGACACCUAAAGAUGAAUAA